CCACAUCCUAAAAUGGCUGUUAAGUACUUUCAAUACAUGCUGCUAAAAACAGACUGUUUAAUGAAAUCUUCCCUGGAUUACUAGAACAGCUGUUCUUUUGCUGUGUGUUGGAAUCCCCCUUUGAGGACCCCUUCAGCCUGCUUGUGUGUCACAGUGUGUUAUAGGGACUACCAGCAGCUGUGAAGAGACUUUGAUGAGUGUAUUUGCUGCCAGCUGGAAAUGUUCAGAGUCUAUGUGCGAGAGGAAGGAGAAGCAAACUGUGAGCUGAAACCCCAACCUUCAUUUUCUGUAGCCUCAUCUGCUGGCCAUUGUAUCCCACAGUUGAGAGUGUGACCUGCAGCAAGCUGUCUUUGCAGCCCGAUUCACUUCAGUUGCAAAUGCUGUCAAAACUGCUCUGUGGGGCAGAAAAGCGCAGGCAAGUUUUAGGGUUUAGACUUGGUUCUGGGAUUCAAAUCCUGUGCCCGAGGACUAACUUCGAAGAAGUGGAAAUGUGAUGGGAAUGGAAAGCCAGGAAGACAAGCAUCGGACAGUGCUGGCAAGUUUGGAGGGAAUGAGUCUGGCCAUGUAGGAUGGACAGAGAGCCAGUGGAAGAAUGUAUCCAGAGCACCCUGUCAGCACUCUACCCACCGUUUGGUGCCACAGCAACCACCCUCCUGUGCCAAGCCUUUGAAGUGGUCGAAAAGGUCUACCAUGAAGAUGCACUGCGCUAUGUCAUCGAGUUCCUGAUCCCAGCAAAACACAUUCUUCAGAAGAUCCAACAGGAUGCCUGUGCACAGUACAGUGGUUUCCUGUUCCGCCAUGAGGGCUGGCCGUUAUGUCUCCAUGAGAAGGUGGUGGUGCAGCUUUCAACUCUCUCCUGGCAGGCUUUGCAGCCAGGGGACUUUUACCUACAGAUGACCCCUUACCUGGCAAGAUCUCCUAGAUUAAUGCUAAAAUGCCUAUCCCGGGAUGGCUACAGUGUCCAAGAAAUCGUGGUUGGGGAGGACUGCUAUCCCUUUAUUUUUACCGUUGAGUGGUUAAACAGUAUCAACAAAGAUCGGAAUGCUGUGCGGCUGGAGAACUGCCUUCUGGUCGCUGACAACAAUGUACUACGAGUGUCAUGGCAGGAGGUGGUUUAUCCACAGUUUGUCCACAAAGAGGGGUUGGUAGUGGGUAGUAGGCACAGUCAAAACACUGUGUGGGACAUAGGACUUCCACGUAAUAUGGGAUUAAGCUCAGUGUUUACACUACAGCACUCUGAAGUGCUUGAAGAUGUUUUGUCCCACCCCUCUGUUUCUCACAAACAAAGGGAGGGUUUUGAAAUAUCUUCGACUACACAUUUAAGGGAUGCAGACUAUGUUUCAACAGAAUAUGGCAAAGAAUUCCAAAGAUCAAAUGAUGGUUGUACUCAUUUGAACAAGGAUGCUGAGCAUGUAGAGUCUUCUAAGGAAAAUAUCGAAGGAGAAUAUGUGGAGCUGCUAGAAAUAGUUGUUCAGAAACAUCUCCCAAGCCAAGAAGAGAUGAACACAAAUUCUAAACAGAAAUAUUUAGAGAUGAAUGGAAUUUUUAAAACCAAGACUAUACCCCUUAGAAAAGGACACAAUAAGAAUCGGAACCGAAACCAUAAAGCCUGGUUGCACCAAAAGCCUUCCAAGGUGGAGACACAGCAUGUUGCUGGCAAAUGGGGGACUAACGAAGCUUUACAUCCUUCAACAAGUUUUCGUCAAAAGGCCUGUGGGAGUGCAAAUGUUGAAACAAGGGUGUCUAAUAUUGUUAUAGACAACAGGACUGUAUCACUUCCAGAAGCUGCUGAGAAAGAUACCUGUGAUGAGGAAGUCAGUACAUUUACGGUUACAACUGGAAUGACGGAAGGUAAUAACUCCUGUGCUAAUUUGUGUUUUGCAAGUAAUGAAAAGGAUUCCUUGGAGAGCAAUCAAAACACAGCCAUCACCAAAAUGGUGCAUGAAGACUCUCGGGGAAAUAGCCUUCAAGAUGAAAAUGAAGAAGGCCAAAGAAGAAUCUGCAUAGAAUUUCAGCCUCCUAAAGCUGACAUGGUGUGUACUAACAACUGUGGUGGAGAAGACAUGUGUGUGUAUCUGGUAAGGGAAGCUGUUAUUGCAUCUCAGGUAUCUGGCACAGGUGAGCACUGUGGUGACAACUGCACUGAAACUGAGACUUCAGAAUCAGACCAAGAAAACAUAAAGACUAACCUCCUACCACUUUCUCCUCAAGCACAAGAACCCAUUGCUACUAAGGAUGAGGUAAACGAGUUACCUGUUGGCAGUUUAGAGAUCCCUGCUGCAUCAGAUACAGACUCUUUGACAAGGAAAAACCAGAGAGAGACAGAUAACAGUCAAAGUAGUGUUAUUUCAUCUUCCUCCUCCACUUCAUCAUCAUCAGGGUUUAAAUCCUUAUCCACAGAGACAUCCUUAGAUGGUACACUUGUGGCAGGUCAGUUAUCAGCUGAGACUCCAAUAACUACAGCUUUGUUCAAUAGCAGUAUGUAUGUGUCACAUGACUCACUCACCCCUCAGUCAGUUGUUGACAGUGCUCUGGAGGAUUCUAUGGUACUGUUUGAAGAUUCAGACUGUUGUAUUAUGGAUGUCAUGGAAGACCUCGGUCAACUUCAGUCAGAUUUUACUACAGCCAUUCAUGCCACUGACACAUCUCAUGAAACAGCUGUUAUUGAAAAUGGAAUAUCACAACCACUAGAACAUUCUGUGGACUCUCAACUACCUGUUAAUAGUUUGCAUGAAACUGAAAACAAUUCUGAAGCACUGAUUACUUUGUCAGAACCUAAACCUCAAAUAGUAAAUGACAGUGUUUUUGGUACUGAUGUUCCUUCAUUAGACCUCUGUGCUACAACUCAAGAUCAAACUCUGCAACCAAAAGAAGUAAGUACUCAUUUAUUGGAUAAGUGUAUUACUCAAGAGUGCUCUAACGCACUAUCACUUGCUCAUUCUGAAAAAGAAAUAAAUAAUCAGCAAGAAUUUUGUAUUAAAAAUCCUGAAAGUGCAGAAGUGUCUCAGGGGGACCAAAGUCAGUGCUCUGAAGACAGUCAGACAGCGAUAGUACAAACACAGCUAUCUCUUGCCAGUCAGACAGAAAACAGCACAGAUAGUAGCAUAUGCAUACAGGAACUUCUAAAGGACUCAAAGCCAUUAUCAAAGAAAAAUGGUAACAAUAAAAGGAGGAAAAAGGGCUUCCAGAAAACAAAGGCUAAUUCAAAGUCAGAAAGUCAAGAACAAGAAAAUAUUGUAUCUGAUGAUAGUUUCACCAUGGAUUGUUCACAAAAUGCCCCUAUGAUAGAAGAGUUAACUAUGGAAUGUAAUGGAGAAACAGUUACACCAGUGGAUACAUUAUCAGACAAUCUUCAGAAUGCAGUCAUGGAAAGUUCCCUUGCAAAAGAUUGCAGCUGUGACGCUACAAUCGAGGGCUGCACAGAGGCUGAAAAGGAGGAAGUGAAAGACAUAAAAAGCAACAACCAUGAAGGUUUGCACCAACAAAAUGAAAGUCAAGAUAUUCUACUGCAUACAAGUGACCAUGCACAAGAAAACACAGAACCUGUUCCAGGCGCUGAUGCUCCUGAGAAGAAGAAUGAGGAAGAAGAGACACCUAUCACUGCAGAAGAAGCUCCUACCAUAGCUGAGACAACUGUAACCUUUCCAACCCGCCUGAAGGAAAUCGAUUUGGAAAUAGCAUGUUUAGGGAUUCUUUGUCUGACAGGUAGUCGAGACCGAAGUGGUCGUGUAAUAGUAAUGGCGACCCUGCAGAGUGACGAGUGGCAGAAAGAUGGGCACACGUGUGAGAAACUUACAAAGGUGCUUCAUUACCUCUACUCAAUCCCCAGGCAGGAAGUUCGAGACUUGGGAUUGACUGUUUUGGUGGAUGCCCGUCACUGCACACUUCCAGCUUCAUUCUUUGAAGUUCUUACAGCAUUUCAGAAAACUGUUCCUAGAGGAAUCCACUCCAUCUUGGUGUUUGUACAGAAGGAGUCCACAGCCUGUGUGAAACAACUUCCUGGAGUACAGACUGAGAUCAUCACAUCAAUUCAUGAAUUGCAAAAGUUUGUUGAUAUCGCUGACAUCCCACAGAGCCUGGGAGGUUCCUAUGAGUACUCACACCUAGAAUGGCUGGAGUUCCGCAAGAAAAUUGAGCCCUUCUCAGAUGCCUGCCAAGAGGUGCUUUCCUUCCUACAGUCUAUUACCAACAGACUGGAAACUCAGACUUAUCCUGGAGUGACAGAGGAGGCUUCCAGUGUGAUAGCACAACACCAAGUGCUAAUGAAGGAUGUGCUAACAGACCAAAGAUUGGCUGAGAUUCAACGUAAUGGAGGAAGAGUCCUGGCCCUCCUGCAUAAACAGCCACCUUCAGUCAGCAAAAGCAAGGACUACAGGGAUGCCAUAACAUUAACAUCUGUGCUUUAUGACCAAGUAGACAAUGCAGUCCACUGCCUGGUGAGACUGUCCAACCAGCACAUGAGACGCUUAGAGGUGCAGCUGGAGCUGAAAGAUCUGGAACAAAGACUUCAGAAUGUCAGUAGCUGGCUAGAUGGAGGGGCCCAUCUUCAAACAUUUGGCAACACAGAAACAGAUGAGCACUCACUUGAAGCUUUGAGGAAGAGACAAAAGGAGUUCCUUGAGUUUCACCAGCUUGCAUUGGAACGGUGUCGUGAAAGGCGUGAAGAGCUAAAGCAGAUGGAAUGUUGGGAGGCCACCCCUUCCUCACCGAAGGACACUUGUCUAGAUGGCUUCCAUCAGUGUCAGGCCCAGCUUGAAGAAUUUACUCAACGACUUGACCAGUGCCAACUUGCUCUUGACAAAACAGUGCAGCUUUAUGAAUUUCUGAAUAAGGCUUGUGACUGGACUCUGGAAGGGAUGCAUAAGCUUAGUUGCAUAGGACUGGAGGACUGCUGCUCCCCGGCACAGUGUGACUUGGUCAUAAGGUCCCUGGAACACUACCAGCAGAUGCAUUUGCAGAUUCCAGACAGCCAGUUUCAAAGGAUGAAAGAACUUGCACAGGAGCUGAAGAGUCCAAGGGCUCUCAGUCGUUGUAACUUUGCUUGGACUAAAUGUCAAGAGACCAAGAAGGCUUUUGAGAAAAAGAUGGAAUCUGUGAUUAGGACAAAAAAGUUGCUUGCUUCAGAAAUUGCUCUAGCAGAUCAGCUAGAAGGUCACAGAAAGAGAUCAGACAGUAUUAGCUCAGCACAUGGAAAAGCAGAGGGCUGGAAGCUGUGGAACUGGGCACCUAAGCUUAGUCCAUCCAGGAGUAUGAUAUCACUUAAUGUGAAGACCACCGGAUGUACACAGGGGAUGACCAACAGUCCUUCAAUGCAGUCCAUUGCACAUGCUGAAGAUGUCGCAGGAGACAGUCAUGGUGAAAACAUUCAUAGACCAGAUUCUACUCCACAGGUCAAAUUAACAAGAAAUAGUUCUCUUUCUCAAAUGCCCACUGUUCGAGUCUCAGAUCUGCCAAGAAAAAUUCAACGAGGAUGCAAGAAUAUGGGAUUAAACUUAGCUGGAUCAGCUUCUGAAGGAUCUGCAUCCCCCUUCCUACCAAUUCGAAGUCAAGUUCCAGUAAAAUUAUUGCGAAAAGCACAAAGUUUUGAUGCAAGCACUCAGCCAGAUCACUACUGGACUCAUGGUAGUGCAGAUGAACCUGGCCUAAAACAUUCCAUCAGUGGUGUACGCAUCAAAGGUCUGGAGGUGAGCAGCACAGAAGUGGUAGAUCGCACCUGUUCACCAAAAGAGCAUGUUAUGUUAGGCAGGGCUGGUGGAAUAAUGGCUGAUGCUCCAUGGUCAACCCCCAGAAUGGAAAGGAAGAACCGUGCAAGUAAUCUACAGCUGUUGGCGGCAGAGCUGGUGAAACGUGAGAAGGAGUACGUACACUCGCUGUCCUACGUUACUAAGAAUUACUUUGGCGAAAUGGACCACCAAGAUGCCCCACAAGCCCUACGGGGGAAACGCAGUGUGGUAUUUGGAAACAUUGAGAAGCUUUAUGCAUUCCACAGUCAUUACUUCUUUAAGGAGCUUGAAAUGUGCAUAAGCCGUCCUUUUGCAACUGGCUUAUGCUUUUUACGAUAUACAAACCAGUUUAGUUUGUAUUCACUGUACAUAAAGAACAAACCCAAAUCUGAUGCCCUACUAAGAAGUCAUGGUGCAACAUUCUUUAAGCGCCGGCAAGAGGACCUGCAGGACACCAUAGGCCUGUCCACUCGGCUUCUGCAGCCCAUUCAGCACCUUAAUGCCUACUGCAAACUUCUGGAGGAGAUGAUAAAGGAAGGAGACUUAGAACAGCAACUGGAGCUUCAACACAUGCAAGCAGCAGUUAACAUGCUACGUCAACAGCUGCAACGUGGCUACGACCUGCAGGCCCUUGACUGUGUCAGCAACUGUAAUAUUGACCUUAAGGAGCAGGGUCAAUUGAUCCAUCAUGAUGACUUCACAGUCUGGUAUGGAAGAAAAAAAAUUGUGCGGCAUAUCUUCCUCCUAGAACAACUCAUCCUCUUUACAAAGCUGAAGCAGACAGAUGGAAAGACAGACGCAUAUACCUACAAACAUUCAUUUAAGACUGCAGACAUUGGCUUGACAGAGAAUAUUGGAGAUAGUGGAUUGCGUUUUGAAAUUUGGUUCCGCCGACGGAAGUCUAAAGAAUCCUAUAUUCUGCAGGCAAGCUCGAUCGAAGUGAAGCAGGCAUGGGCAGAUACACUUGCUCAAAUUUUGUGGCAGCAAGCUGCUCGAAAUAAAGAGCUCCGUAUCCAGGAGAUGGUCUCUAUGGGCAUUGGAAACAAACCCUUCAUGGAUAUUAGAGCCAGUGAUUCCCCUGUCAACAACCGAAUGAUAGACUGCUUCAUCUCUGGAAGAGGAUCUAGGAGCAGAGCAUCAGUGGCCGUUUCAUCCUUUGAUCAUGCUAGCCCUUUCCGAAGAUCUGUAUCCUGUGGAAAUAGCCCUUUCCCAUUCCUGGGCCCCAGCUUAGGGCCUCUGAAUCUUCAUGCUUUCUCAAAUCCCCCAUUCAUCCAAGGAAUUCCUCUAAGAGACCGUAUUGAUGAAGAGAUUGAAUAUGAGAGGGGAAGCCAACCAUCUCUGAACAGCUCAGGAUCUUCCUCUGGUGGCAGUACUGGUCAGCAUGAAAGAGCAGAUGAUGUGAACAGCACAGUGUCAGGGUUUCUUCCAAGCAGGGUUGGGCCAUUGCUGGGCAUUCCCCAAUCAUCCAGGAAAGCUUCCAGUCCUACCUCAUUGAGAUCGCCUUGGGGAGAAAGCUCGAUCGAUUGUAUAAAACUAAGUGGGAAUUCCGGUACACACCCAUCCACAGUGGUCUAAAAGAAUGUCUUCACUGCAGACAAGGUACUACAACUUACAGAAAUGCCUAAGAAAGUAGUUAGCAAAGUUUUUAACAAACUGGCCUCAUAAAUAUCAGCACUUCGGUCCUGAAGACACUAAACAAUAUACUGGCACCAGCAUUUUCUCUGAGGUCUUACAAGGCACUGUUUCACCAAAGAACUGUGGGAGAUGAUGUAGCUGUUGGUAUGAGGAAUUCAGGGACAGACAAACUGACACGUUUGAAAAGGCCUUUUGGAUCAUGUAAUGCACAGAAGACCACAAAAGAUUCCAUGGCAUAAAAUACCCAUUCACAAAUAAAUAUCUCAAACCAGCCACUGGAAUGCUAUACAUUCUGAAGGACCAUCCAAGCAUCCAAGGAGAACUCCAAAGGGAAUACAUGGAGCCAGCCAGCAAAGAAAGUACCAAAAAAUAUCAGACAGGCUGACUUCAAACACAGGCAAACAGAGCAGCUGCAAAAUUUGUAAAGUCCCAAAUAGGCAGCAAAAGAACAAGUAAUCCAAGUCCAAACACAGAAGGCUGGAAACUGUAUGGAAAAUAAAUGUUUAAUGUAAAAACAGAUGAGUAAUUUCUCAUAUAGCAAAACAGCUUUCAAAGUCAUGUCUGAUAUAUACAGUAAUGAGUGAACAGUGUUGCCUAAAUUAGAUUGUCGUGUAGAAAGUGAAAUGAGUAUAUUUAGUACGUUUGCUAUGAAGAUCACUCUGUUGUUGUCAUAACAUGAUCAUUAGGGUUUGAAUACUGGGAAGUAGAACUGGAUAUCAGAAUUGCAUAUUAGAUGAAGGUGCAAUAAAAGAUGUAGGCAUGGUUCUUCACUGCCCUGACAGUGGGGCCAUAUCAUGAUGGAACAAUUGUACAAUGAGACAAGCAGCCUUUAAUGAUAAGGUGCUAAUUUAUAUUCCACAAAGCACACACGAAUAUAUCAGUGCAAGGCAUUUAAUGAAAGUAGUAAGAAUGCAUGAUACCCUGUAUUAUGUUGUAGCCUGUCUGCAUAACCUUACCUUUCUAUGUCUGUAACAGCAUGCAGACACCCUGAGUAGUGCAUUGUAAGGCAUAUGACAUUAAACACAAGUUUAAUCCUUAUAAGAACAAUAGGCUUCUGCAUUACUCAUAAAAGUCAGAGCCCUAUCCUAAUGUGGACUUAUUGGUUUCAUCUGGUACUCAGUGAGUUUACCGGUUAAGUAAGAUCUCACAUUGCCUGAGGGAAUUAUUGACUCAGUUUUCAGUAAAAAUGGCAACACUUUAGCAUCAGCAGUAUUACAGUCAUUAUAGUAAGAUAUGUAGUGUAAGUGAAAGAUUGUAUCGUGCCAUUUAUUAGUAUGACGUUAUUGACGAUCUAGAAUAGUCAAAAGUAGCAAGUGUAAUUCUCUCCCAUUUGAAUAAACACACCUUUAUCAAGAAAAUCACACCUUAGCCCUGCAGGCAGUCUGACCCUAAAUAAUAAAUGUAUACCAAUAGUGCACAUACAAGUCAAUAAUUAAACUCCUAUAUGAGAUGUGGUAGCCAUUUUAAAGCUGCUAUGAUUGUUGUCAUUAUUUAAAUAUCAGUCUUAAUGUCACAUAUUGAGACAAGCUGCACUUAUUCAAAUGUCAUGCAGGAUUGUAUGUUCUGUCUGACUCGUAUUAAAUAAGUUAGCUAUUCUUCAGUAACUUCACUUUAAUGUAUAAAGUGCAGUAGCCACAAUGGAAAAUAUUACACUCAUUCCAUCAUACCAACCUUUUCCUUCAUGCAAGGUAUGUUUGAUGUUGAGCAGGACUGGACAGUACUGUUAAUAAACACAUGAGGUAUACUACUAACAAAUGGGAGAAGUGCCAUCAGUUCUAUUUAUAUAAAAUACAAAAUGGUAAUUUAUGUGACUGCCAUCUCAAGAGGACCACUCAAAAACACUUAAACAGUUACUUGUUUGUACUGUAAAUGGAUUGGGCAAUUGUAACAUAUAUCCACAAUAUUCACAAUUGAGUAGCCUUCCUGCAGUUGACUACAGCAUUAAGAGAAGCCAUAUUUAAAUGUCUACACUGACUUUAUUUAAAGUUAGUAUGCUAUUAUACAUGUUAACAUCUUUGCAAAAGAUUAACUUUAAUCUGCUCUAACACUAUAUACCAUCUUACUUUGAAGUACAAUACUUAUAUUAUGCUACAAAUGUAUUAUGCUGCUAAGCCGAGAUCUAGGACAAUCUAGGAAAAUAUCCUGCAUAUAUAAUUGAAGGAGCUCAUUCAAUCAGAUAAGGAAUUGUUACAUGGAUGAAUACCACUUUACACACAUGUGAAAGUCUUCCAAAUACCCAAUUAUAGUUUUAUUGACACCCGAUGGUGAGGGUGGGCCCAAGGUGUUACAUACUUCUGGUCAUGUGAUCAGAUUAACAGCCUGUAAGUGAAGACUGUGCUGUAUUAAGUCAUAUGAAUAUCUCCUAUAAGUAUAAUGAAAACAGUUGUGGUAAAAAAAAAAAAAAAAAAAAAAUACCCCACCAUGUCACUACAGCCCUUAGAAGAAUGUAAGGAAAGAAAGGGGGAAAUGCAGUACUUUCUUCACUUUGUAAAGUGCAGGGCAAUAUCAUAGUGUUUGGAAGACUGACAUAUAAUAAAGAGGUUUGUUGUAUGACCUGUAACUGUGCUGUCUUCCUCACGUGCACAACUGUAGUCAAAAUAAAGGAUAUUGCUUAGGUACUGCUAAAUAGAGUGACGCACUUUUGCAAAUUACAUUCAUGCUGAACCAUAUUUGGGUCACAUAUUUUCUUCUAGAAUCUUCUACUAAAUGUGAAUGUAGACAAUAUAGUUAAUUAAUCUUGUACAAAGCAGCUCCUCAGUACAUUCAUUACAUAUAAUGCUGGAUGUUACUGUAGAAAUACAUUUGGAAUUAUUAAUUCAAAUUACAUGCAUAUUGUUUCAGCUCCCUUAACUCAUAUUUGUACAAGAAUUUCAGUGACAUCUGUUCUAAAAUUGUUCCUAGUAAAAACCAUGUGGUGUCUUAGCAGGUUUCACAUCUUUGUUCAGAGCAUUUUAACUGAUAAACAAGGCUUUUUAACCAUUACAUGUAUUGAUAAAAAAGAUGAUGUGUGACUUACAAAUAUAUAAAAUUCAUUUUAAUAAUGUAAAAAAAUUCCCCAAAUCUUUCAGAGUCAAGACCUCAAGAUUAUGGCCUCAUGAAAUCUGUUGUUGAUCACACCAUAAAGAUUUCAAUGUUUUGGUCCUAGUUUGACAAAACCUAAAAAAUAUGUUACUUGUAAAAUUUUUAAUGAAUUUAUAUGUAUUUCAGUUUGUAACUGUAAACAAUGAUCUUGCUUAUGUAAUAGAUUGUAUUUUUAACUAUAUAUACUGAUCUCAGAUGUAUUGCUUCUUGGAAAUGUUUUAUAUAUGUAUCACCACUUCAACUGGAAUUAUCUGAGAAAGCAAACAUUCAAAAUGCUGAAAUAAAAGCAGAAUCAAUUUUUCA